AUGCACCGCUUCUCGGGUGAGGUUUUGACGCAGGAGGCCAACUUUGGCAAGAAUAUGCGGGCACGGUUCGGCGCCCCGUUCAUGGAUAUCCGUCGCAUAGACCUCCAGCGUGCCCUCUUUGAAAAAGCCCAGAAGCUCGGCGUGUCCGUCGUGCUCGGCGAGAAAGUUGAGGUCGUCGACCGCGAACGUGCUGAAAUCAUCACCGUCUCCGGUCGUAGGGCCACGGCCGACCUCAUCGUGGCGGCCGAUGGCGUGCGAUCGCAGUGUCGGAUUAGCCAUGCGCAGGGACCGGAUCUGCCGUACCCCACAGGCGACAUGGUCUACCGAGCGGUGCUCAAUUUGGACGGCGUCACCGAUGACGCGCUGCGAGAGUGGAUUAGCACUCCGGCGGUGCAUAUCUGGCUCGGACCAGAAUCGCACGCUGUAGGUUACUCCAUGCAAUCCGGGUACGGCUACAACCUCGCUUUCGUCGCCCCGGAUGACCUCCCUGCCGGUGUGGCCAAACAGACCUGUCCUGUGGAUGAGGCGAAACAGCUGUUGAAGAACUGGGAUCCGGCCCUUAUUCGACUUCUUGACACGGCAGAGUCCAUGGAGAAGUGGAAACUGAUGCGUCGUGAUAUGCUCCCAACAUGGGUUAACGACAAGUCUACCUUGGUAUUCGUCGGCGACGCGUGCCAUCCUAUGUUGCCUUACCUUGCCCAGGGAGCCAACUCGGCGCUUGAGGAUGGCGCAGUUCUCGGGCGCCUUCUCGGCCAUGUGAAAGAAAGAAAUCAACUGCCACAUGCCCUCAAGAGGUACGAGAAGUUACGGAAGUCGAGAAUGGAGAAGAUCGUUGGCGCAGCAGCCAAGCAGCGUGAGAAUAUUCACUUGCACGAUGGUCCUGAGCAAGAAGCUCGCGAUCGGGUCUUUCAGGCUCAGCACCGCAAAGAACUCAAGGGUCCGUCUCCAUUCCGAUUGGUUUGUCCGGAGGCGCAGCAGUGGCUGUUUGGAUACGACGCCUACCAGGAAGUUGAGGCCUCGAUGAAUGGGAAACCGUUCGAGAACGGAAUGGCGACUUCAAAUUGA